AUGAUAGUCAACGAAGAGAAUGCCAAUGAGGUGAAAGAAAAAAAAGUAGAAGUUAGCAAUGUUAAGAAGAGUAAAAAUAUUGUUCUUAGCGUAGAGAUUUUAAAAGUCAUUAAGGAAGCUCAACAACAACAUGGGUUGAGACAUGGGGAUUACCAACGUUAUCGUUGUUACUGUAGCAGAAGAAUUCGAAGGCUUCGUAAAGUUCUUAAAGUCACACAGGGAGACAGAAAGCACUAUAAAAAAAGACCUGUUACAGAGUCUAUGUUGAAAGAUGAAAGGUAUCUGUACAUUCCUUUAAUGAUGGCCGAAAGAGCUUGGAGCUACGCUAUGCAGCUUCGUCAAGAGGCAAAUACGGAGCCUAGAAAAAAGUUUCACUUAAUUCAGAGACUAAGAAAAGCUGCCACAUAUGCUCUUCAACUUCAAGCCUUAUGUGAAUCUAGUGUAUGUGAUGCUGUAACUAAAUUAGAAGCACAAGCUUAUGUUGCCUGGAUCCAUGGUUCAUUACAAUUUGAAUUACAAUUAUGGAAACCAGCUAUGGAAAAUCUUAAAAAAGCUCAGGUUGUAUAUCAAAAAUUAGUGGAAGUUGUUAAUGAAGAUGACCAACCAAUUUAUAAGAGUAGAAUUGACGAACUGACUCCCAGCCUUAGGUACUGUUCUUAUAAUAUUGGAGAAGAAAGCGAUGUUGAAGAUUUACUGGCGAUGAGAAUGCAAGGUCAUGAUCUAUUGGCUAAUUUUGAUUCAUUGAUGGAAAAAUCAAAACAAAAACGUGCUGGAGUCUUAGAAGAAGUUGAAUGGCGUGGAAGGAAGGUGCAAGUUCGCCCCGAAAGAGUUCGACUCUUUUUAUUAGCGGAUAAACAACUUGAUGGAGCCGUGUCUAAAGCAUUAAACAUAACUUCGAAAAUUGAACUGUUAGAAAAUAAUCUUAUGGAUUGCAAAGAUGCCAUUGCUAGUCUUCGAGAUGAAAUGAAAGGAGACGCUAGUUCUAAAGUUGUGAGAGAAAAAAAUCAACCAGUAAGUUCUCUUCAAUAUUUACUGUCUUACUUGACGUUUAUCAGAUUGUCAAGAACCAUUGACAGAAAUUUGUUAAUGAUUGAGCAAAUGAAAGCAAAAGAAACCGAACCAAAGGCGAAGGAAACAAAUGAAAAUAUUAGAGAGAAAAAAAUACGGCCGGAAGAUUUUAUUCGUUUGUACGAAAUGAUUUUACAAAACGUUACGGAAAUGCAACAAUUGCCUGGAUUGGAAGAUGAUGCAAAAUAUCAAAAAGAAUUAGAUGUCAAAGUCAAAAUAUAUAAAGCUUAUAGGUGCUAUCACAUAGCAGAAUACCUGGUGACGUUGAAGAGGUGGAGCGAAGCUAUCGCAUUAUAUCAAAGAUCUCAACAGUAUAUUUCUGAGGUUAAAAGUAUGGGAUCUGCUUAUAAUAAAGAAGCUAAAGAACUUGAGGCAGCCGUGGAAGGUUCGAAAUUUUCCGCUCUUGCUCAUCACGUUCUCGAGGGAGAAGUUCAAGAAGAAGAACCCUCCGGCGUGAAACAAUACAAAACGAGAAAGCCGUUGGUUGAACGUUUAGACGAAUAUAAAGAAGAUCCGGCGUUGCUGUCGAAAUAUCCAAACGUAUUCAAAAUUCCUCCAGACAUGAGACCCGUACCGUGCAAGCCAUUAUUUUUCGAUUUGGCUUUUAACUUUGCCGAAUUUCCUUCACUGGACCACAAGAUCGAUACGCCGAAAUCAAAACAAAAUCCUGGUCUUACAGGUUUCGUUAAGGGAUUAUGGGGAUGGGGUGGUGGAAAAAAAUAA